AUGUAUUCUUGAAUAAUGACUCUUACUCUAGUUGGUUUAGGACUAGGAGCGGUCGAAGAUAUUACACUUAGAGGAUUAAAAGCAAUUCAAAAUGCAGAUGCCGUCCUGCUAGAGAUCUACACAUCUGCACUUAUAGACAGCAAUUUACAUGAUCUGGAAUCUUUCAUAGGAAAAUCUAUUGAACAGGCUGACCGUAUAAGUGUAGAAGAAUCUGCGGACAAGAUACUGGAAGAAGCACGUGCGAAGAAUGUCGUUCUUCUAGUUGCGGGGGAUCCACUUAGUGCAACAACACACUGUGAUUUGUGCCUCCGUGCAGAAAAUGCAGGAGUAGAUGUCGAAGUAAUACAUAAUGCAAGCAUUAUCAAUGCAAUCGGAAGAACAGGAAUGCAGUUAUACCGUUUCGGUGAAAUCGUGUCCAUACCAUUUUUUGAAACCAACUGGUCACCAGAUAGCUUCUACGAUAAAAUAGUGAAGAAUAUGGAGGCAAAUCUUCACACCCUAUGUCUCUUAGAUAUUAAAGUGAGAGAGAGAUCUAUAGAAAACCUUAUGAAUAACCGCAUGAUAUUCGAACCCCCUAGAUAUAUGUCGGUGAAUAUUGCUAUCGACCAGAUCUUUCGAAUCGAUCAUACGAAGCAUCGGCUACCUUCUAAUACACGCGCAAUAGGAGUGGCAAGACUAGGGUCUAAAACAGCGAAAAUAGCAGCAGGCACCCUGAAAGAACUUAAGGACAUAGAUUUCGGUGAACCACUACAUUCCAUGGUCAUAUGCGCGCCACAGUUGCAUGAUAUUGAAGAGGAAUAUUUUAAGCAUUAUAGGAUAUAAUCCCUUUUGGGCCAUUAGAUAACCGUCGCGAUGCCACCUUUUUCAACGAGGUGGUAUUAAUUUAUCUUUAAACAACAAACAUGAGCUGCAAACAAGGAAAUGAUGGAUACGCUACAGUGG